UCUAAUGAUCGUUAUGGGUUAUCGGCAGUAAACGAUUGCCUAUGCCGUAUUCCUGUUUCGAGUCACCAUGAACAGCAAUUUUCACCGACAUUACCUAUAGCUUUCACACCUUCAUUCUCUGUAUCCGUUGCGUGUUUCAGAUCUUGGUACAGGCUUGACAGCACGUAGCCCAGCUAAUACGCAACAUACUUUCUUGACAUCAUUUACGGAACGUGUAAAGCCAGUUAACUUGCUGCCUAGGUGGUUUGCUUAGCUGAUAUGGCAAUGCUUCCACGUGCUGGGGGGCGGCUCUUGGCGAGGCUGAGAUGUCCGUUUCCGGACCCCGGGUCCUCAGCUGCUCCCGCGAUCCUUUCAUCACAUCAAGAAUUUACUCCUGGUUUUUGGGGCGCUUCUGCGGUCCGCCACAUGACUGGAGGCGAAGAGCCGUCGCCUCGUUCCUCCGGCAGCCCACCCCCGCCUCCUGGCUCCUCAUCCGCUCGCGAAGGCGACCAACCUCCAAACCCCUCCUCCUCCUCCUCGCCCAAAGCCGCCUCAGCUUCCGCCUCCUCAGAGCCCUCCUCUUCCUCUUCCUCGACAGCGCCUUCGGCCUCCAAAACGUCGGCACCAAAAAGUUCUCGGAAAGCCCGCAAAGACACCAGCAGCGACGACGACAGCGAGAAAGCCCCUGAAUCUUCUGACCCCGACGCUGGCUACGUGCACGCUCACUUUUCCCGUUCCGAUGAAAUGCGAAAGCUGCAACCGCUACUAGAAGAGGCCGAGCGGCGCCACGCGUUUGAUGGACUCAGCGUGGACGGCGGUGGUGGCGUGAUUGGCAGCGGUGGCGGUUGGAGUUACCUGUACGACAGCCCGCCUGGUCGGUUGUUGGGUUCGUUGCUGCAGUCGUUGCGCGCGGCGUCGCGGUCGGUGCUGCUGCCGGGGGUGCUGGCGCGGCUGCAGACCAUGUCCGAGCGCAUGGUGCGGGAGGAGGUGGAGAGCAACUUCGAUGCGCAGGAGUUCCUGGACGGCGUGCGGUCUGCGGUGCCGACCUUCUUCGACGCAGUGGCAGCAGCUGACAGCGAGUCCCUGCGCCGUAUGGCGUCAACCAAGGCGGUGGAGGCGCUCGAGCGGGACCGCCGGCGGCUCCGCGAGGACAUGGGUCUGGAGGUGAAGGGCAUCACCACCGCCGUGGAGUACGCGUCCAUCGGCGGAGUCAACCUGUGGGGACCUGCAUCCGUGCGCGCAUUCGACCCCGCAUGGGCCAAGGAACUCACAUCCGACGUGUCAAAAUCGUGGUUGGUGGUUGUCGUGCAUUUGGAUGUACGGAUGGACGUGACGUACCGCCGCGUGAAGGGUGCUGCUGCUGCCGGCGGCUCAGGGGUGCCGGGGGCGGGGUCGGGUCUUGGGUU